AUCUAUUAUUGCAGGUAUUGCCGUUAAAACUAAGUAUAUAGGCUACAUCAUUUGUUGUUUAAACAGAAGUAAAUAUGAAUUUGUACUUCAUCUUAACUUGUAUAGUUCUGUCUAGCUUCAGCACUUCAUCAAAUGGCCAAGUUUCAAACUUCGGUUUAAAAAGAAUUUUAAGACCAGAGUAUGACACAGCCACAGUUCUUUGUCCAGAUGGAAGGUCCGAGUGUUUUUCUGGAAGCACUUGCUGCAAGUUGUCAACUGGUCAGUAUGGUUGCUGUCCUCAUCCAAAUGCUGUUUGUUGCAAGGAUGAUAAGCAUUGCUGUCCACAUAAUUACAAAUGCAAUGUUCAAAAUUCCACAUGUGACAUGGCCUUGGAUGUACAAGUACAGCCAAUCAUGUUAACAGACUCCGUUAUAUUAAAUGUUGGUAUGGUUCAAUGUCCUGAUGGUCGUUCUGCUUGUCCAGAUGGUAACACUUGUUGUAAGCUAGCAUCUGGUGCAUAUGGUUGUUGCCCACAACCUAAAGCAGUAUGCUGCUCAGAUCAUGUACAUUGUUGUCCACAAGGUUAUUCUUGUAAUGUUGGCAGUGGAACUUGCCUUAAACAAGAUUCUUUAUCAGUUGUACCAUGGAUGGAGAAGCAAGAAGCGGUUGCAUAUAAUGUUGGUAUGGUUCAAUGUCCUGAUGGUCGUUCUGCUUGUCCAGAUGGUAACACUUGUUGUAAGCUAGCAUCUGGUGCAUAUGGUUGUUGCCCACAACCUAAAGCAGUUUGUUGCUCAGAUCAUGUACAUUGUUGUCCACAAGGUUAUUCUUGUAAUGUUGGCAGUGGAACUUGCCUUAAACAAGAUUCUUUAUCAGUUGUACCAUGGAUGGAGAAGCAAGAAGCGGUUACAUUAAAUGUUGGUAUGGUUCAAUGUCCCGAUGGUCAUUCUGCUUGUCCAGAUGGUAACACUUGUUUACAGGCAGUUUGUUGCUCAGAUCAUGUACAUUGUUGUCCACAAGGUUAUUCUUGUAAUGUUGGCAGUGGAACUUGCCUUAAACAAGAUUCUUUAUCAGUAGUACCAUGGAUGGAGAAGCAAGAUUCUGUUGCAUUUAAUGUUGGUAUGGUUCAAUGUCCCGAUGGUCGUUCUGCUUGUCCAGAUGGUAACACUUGUUGUAAGCUAGCAUCUGGUGCAUAUGGUUGUUGCCCACAACCUAAAGCAGUAUGCUGCUCAGAUCAUGUACAUUGUUGUCCACAAGGUUAUUCUUGUAAUGUUGGCAGUGGAACUUGCCUUAAACAAGAUUCUUUAUCAGUAGUACCAUGGAUGGAGAAGCAAGAAGCGGUUGCAUAUAAUGUUGGUAUGGUUCAAUGUCCUGAUGGUCGUUCUGCUUGUCCAGAUGGUAACACUUGUUGUAAGCUAGCAUCUGGUGCAUAUGGUUGUUGCCCACAACCUAAAGCAGUUUGUUGCUCAGAUCAUGUACAUUGUUGUCCACAAGGUUAUUCUUGUAAUGUUGGCAGUGGCACUUGCCUUAAACAAGAUUCUUUAUCAGUUGUACCAUGGAUGGAGAAGCAAAUGUCAUCCCUGAGAAUGACUUUGAACCAAAAUAAAAAGCUUAAACUUACCAAAGAAAAAUGCACAAUGUGCCCCGAUGGUUCGGAAUGUCCGGAUUAUUACACUUGUUGCACAUUAACCUCUGGAAGAUAUGGCUGUUGCAAGUUUAACUCGGCUGUAUGUUGUGCUGAUCAUUUGCACUGCUGCCCCUACAACACUGUGUGUGACACACAAAGAAAAGUUUGCCUUUCGAGAUUUGGUGAGAUUGGUUUUGAACCAAUGGUUGCUUCAACUUGGAGUGAGAAUGAAGUAACAGACAACACAGAUGAUGAUCUCCAAUUAUACUUUAACUCACCGAAGCUAAUUGAAUAUUCCCUUAUAAUCAAAUAAUGUAUAUCUAUUAUCUAAUGAUGUAUAUCUAUCAUCUAU